AUGAAUUUUGCGCCUUACCAGGACGCCUCGCCGGAAAUAGAACGCGCUCUUUCACCUCCUCCUCGCACUUCCAUCGACUCGCCUCGAGUCCGGUCGCCUCCUCCCCAGAACAAACCCAUCCAGCCCAUAACUCGUGCCAGCGGCGGCGCGCAGCCACUGCCUCCUCCCAGUGACUUUGCAAAUGAUUUCUCGACAGGGCCGUCGUUCGCUGGAGGAAACAGGGACGAGAGCUUGGAGGCUUUCGAGACAAGCCUGCCGUUAAGAGUAGACUAUGAAGCCAUGUUGGCAUAUCUUCUGCUUCCGCCGGCCGGAGGUGUUUUUCUCCUCUUGUUCGAGCACAAGAGCGACUAUGUGCGGUUUCACGCAUGGCAAUCUAGCAUGCUCUUCUCGGCCAUUUUUUUCUUUCAUCUGAUCUUGUCCUGGUCAAAGGUGCUGUCCUGGAUGUUGUUCACAAUCGACCUGCUCUUAAUCGGCUUUCUAUCGCUUCACGCAUACCGAGACGUUGAAACCCUGGACCAUUUUGAAGUGCCUUAUUUUGGCAGGCUUGCCAACUCCUUCGUCGAGAAUGAGUGA